AUGUCGAGGAUUGUCGGUGGUGUCGCAGCUAGUGAGAACUCGUGGCCUUGGAUAACUCGACUUUUCUUACGAGAAACGAUUGGUAGCGGAGGUGGACGUGGAUGCGGUGGCACUAUCAUCCACAACAAUUGGGUGUUGAGUGCUGCACAUUGCUGCGAGGACAUGGUGGAGAUCUACGCGACAUUUGGUGAUAUCGAUUCUGACACUUAUGACUCAGACCAGUAUUUUCUCCGAUCAACCGAAUUUUACAACCACCCAGAAUAUGGCAACAUGUCAGACGGCACUGGAGCUAACUCAGAUUGGUGUCUGAUCAAAUUUGACAAUAAUAUCAUUGCUGCAGACCCAGAAAAAAAAACAAGAAUCGCUUGUCUUCCAGACGCUGAGCCGGAUCACGGGGAAGCGUGUUGGACCGCUGGAUGGGGCCUUACGUCUCCUGGAGGAACGACUGGAUCUGACGAACUAGUAUCUGUUGGAGUUAACAUAAUGAGCCAAGAAUACUGCACCAACAAAAGUUAUUAUGGAAAAAUCUUGAGGUUGGUCGCGGACGAUAUUUGCGUUGGUGUCCCCGAUCUCAACGGUGACAAUAUUACUGAUGGCGGCAAGAGUCCGUGCCAGGCCCUAAUGAGCCAAGUUAUCGAACAGAAUCGACAGUUGAUCGAGGAGUCUGGUUCCACCCUCGCGGGUUGUUUAAUGAUCAUUUACGGCAUCAUCGUAACCUUCACAAAGGGUAAAUUUUCCAAGACAGCAAGAGGGGACGAAGAAGGUGACGAAGAGGGAAGAAACUGGGACCUUGGAUGCCUUGAAGCUAAGCAUUUGGAUUUCUGGCGUUUUUCGAGCUCUCCCUCUGAUUUUGAAUUUGCCAUUUGCUUUUGGGAUUGGACCGAAGUGGUUUCUUGGCCUUGA